GACGGAGCAAGUCUACAGGGGAGAGCUCAAGGUGCUAUAACGUUGUGAAACACGGAGCGGGGCAUCGCCAUGGCCUAUCUGGGGUAAAUACAUCUAGAUACUGUUUUAUUGCAAAACACUGGCGUUGAAACAUUUGGGAUGGCUACCAAUAGUGACAUUUUGACCUUUCUCCUGCUGGUGGCGACUACAUCCGCCUACCGCUUCUACCAGGACGAGAUCCCGAACGGAAAUCACGUGCCCCACCCGUGUAAACCCAACUACUUAUGGUGGGGGGUCGGGCACGCCAACCCUCUAGGGGGUGGACUAAAGAACCCAUUUGGACAGGACUUCGCCCGUUAUCACAGUUGGACGCCGGAGUUGUGUCGCCUGGACUCGGAUGGGGAUGGAAUGACCAAUGGUCAAGAGCUGGGUGACCCUGAAUGUAUCUGGACGAAAGGAACGUUCCCGUCUACUUCAAGUGGCAUAACCCAUCCAGGUGUCUGUGACCCUUGGGGCAGCGAACAGUGCAGAGAAGCAAACCAGGCCGUCACUUGUGAAACAGGGGAAUUCAAAUGCGACGGCAUAGACAGUCCAGACGUGAUAAACAUAACGCUGCGGUUCCCCCCGACCCGAGUCCCCCCUGAGGAAACAAGCUACAUGUGCCUGACCUUUAACCUCGACAUGCUGGAUGACAACACUGACUACCAUCUGAUAGGCAGCAAGCCCUUCAUCGACAACGCUAAUGUCAUGCAUCACAUCACACUGACGGGAUGCGACGCUACAGGCGUGCCUCUGUCCCAGCCAGAGCUGUGUAACAUGGCGUCCCAGGGAUGCCAGCAAACCCUUCAGGUGUGGACGCUGGGGAUGCCGGGGGAGUGCGUGUAUCGGGAUGCCGGAUUCAAGUUUGGCAAGAAGGCAGGGAUGACGAUGCUCAACAUGCAGUUCCAUUGGACGAAUCCACAGAAGAGGACCGACUAUGUGGACAGCUCAGGCCUUGUCCUGUUCCUGACAAAGAACUUGAGACAAAAUAACGCUGCCUACUUCAGCACUGGACAGACGCAACUGGUCAUCCCGCCCGGCCAGCAGCGAGUGGUCAUGAAGUCCACAUGUACUGCAGAAUGUACCGGGAAACUAAUUAAGGAACCGGUGAAUCUUUUAACCGGCUGGAACCAUAUGCAUUACUUGGGUUACGAACAGAACGUGGAACAGUUCCGGAAUGGCGUGAAAGUGCGAGAUUUGACUCCAGAUGCGGUGUAUAGCUACGACAACCCAGUCGUUCACGUGUACGACCCUCCCGUGCAGCUGCUAGCGGGCGAUGUUCUGGAAACCACCUGCGUGUACAGGUCCACCUCGAGAACCACAACUGCCAUGUUUGGAGAGGGGUCAUACGAUGAGAUGUGUUUUGGGAUUUUCACCUACUACCCGGCCGAGGCGCUUAAGAGCGGGAAUUGCUUCACGUGGGGAGAUAUUGAUACAUGUAACUUCGAGGAAACUGGAUCAGUCAACGGCUGUUCUUUUUCUAUGCUGUUCAAUCAAUCCGAUCCUAUCAGAAAACAACUAUUUGACAAGGUUUUGGACAACUGUAAUUCCUACGGGAGCUGCCGUGCUGAAUGUCCCGCUGCCAUAGAUGAAGUAAAGCAGCACCCGUGCUUCAGGGGUCAAAUGGCGGCAUAUGUAAAAGACGUAAUGCGAAACUUUGGGGAGAGUUUGGAGACCACUAAAUUAUUCACUGCGAUGGAAUCAUGCGAGUGUGAAGUUAAGCGUGGCUCUUGGCCCUAGCCAAACAAGCGACCCUUGCUUGCGCCUCAAUUAUCUCGACAAUCUUGUACAUCUUUCUUUAAAUCUAUGUGCACAUUAAGGGGCAUUUCUGAAUACAGUGAAACCUCGUUCACUCGAAGUCAUCUUGAGUUCGACAGAAAUGAGUUCCGAAAACCGAAGCCAUUCAGUGCCAUCGCCAUAAACGAUAUACGAGAUAACGGACUUCAGAUUAACGAGAAAGCUGUAGAUUUUCUAUAUUCUUUUUUGAUUAUAUUAGCAUUUCACCAUUUGUAACAGCGUUUAAUUACUUUAUGUUUUCAGUUUUAAUUGUAUUUAAAUUAAAAUGUGAGAGCUUUUUAAAUAAGACAUGAUCUCAAUGUAAGUUCUAAAAUAUGAAUAAAAUUUAUGCUGUUUA